CGCUAAACAUGUGUUUGUUUGACUCGUUUGAAUGCAUUGAUUGAGCGCUCAAUUGGAUGAUUGCAUUCAAUUUGAAUUAAUAAUACAAACAAAUAAAACAUAUUAUUAUUAUUAUUGAUAUUAUUGUUUACCAUUUGAUUGUCAUCCACGACAUCCACGACAAUGAGUUUCUUUGAUCGGUUGCGCUCUGGAGUCCAACACAUUGAAACCGAAGUUAAACAGUUGCGCGAAAUGGUGGACAACAGAUACCAGCGAUCGGAGGAUCAGCUGACGUCCGACCUAAUGAAGGCCAAGCGGUUUGACCAGAAUGUCCGCAACACUUAUGCCGAAAUAACAUACCUGUAUAACACAAUAAAAGCUUCGGGUCCGCCACUCGCCGAAUCGGCCAAACGUAUAAAUACAUUAAAACAGAUGGUGUUUGAUAUCGAAGACAACUCUGGUAUCAAAGAUUACGGCUAUAAACCGUUUAGCGAGCGCUACUCGCAAGACGAUGACAACGACAAUGACUUGAAAUUAGGAUCGGCUAUCAAUUCGAUACUAACGCCGCCUAAUACCUUGAAUAACAACAAUCGUGAGGCCGACAGCUUUUUGACCGUCGAGUUUACCCCAGGUUUGACCACUAAGCGACCUAAAGGAAUAUCCAGAGUCAAUCAUAAUAACAAUUAUUGUCAUGAAAAUAAUAAUAAUGAGCAACAUCUAAGACAUUCAUUUGUUUCGGGACCGACUAUUGCCAGUAGUCAACCGCGAUUACCCGAUUCGGUAUUGAAUUAUAUUUGUGACAACAAAGUGACACCCGAACAGCCCAUUCAAGCCGUCGACGUGGAAAAGUCGGUCAAAUUGUUGAGAUCCAUUGCCGGCAACAGUACACCGCAGAUGCCGAAGACUAGAGUUAAUAUCAAUUUCCACAAUCAAAUACUUAACAAUUUAUAA